AUGCAGACGUCCAACUUUCUUCCACUUCAGGCCCCAGUCUGGCAGCAUCCGGGGGAGAAUCCCAAAAUAGGGCUGUUUCAGAAGGAAAGCAGCCCCAUUUGGCAGGAGGUAGGGGAUGAUGGACAGCACAGGCCAGGUCUCUGGGGCCCCCUCAAUGCUCUCACCCUGAGCCUACAAGCCUGUUCCUGGGCCUCUUCAUCCUGGGAUCCUAGACCCCCACCUGGAGCUGAGGAAAUUUGCCAAGGGCUGAGGGUGGCUGAUGAAGAGGAGAUCCUCAUGCCAUGGGCCUGGAGCAUUCUUGAGCCACCCCCUUCCAGUCUGGGCCAUGCCCAGCGGCAGCCCUUGUUAUCUGCCAUCUCCAUCAGUCCAGCAGGAUCUCCUCUCCAGGACCCCCUACGUUGCCAAGCGAGAGGCUCAGCCACAGAUCUCUGCAUCCUGCCCAGUCCAGGUCCCACCAUGGACUCUGAGUACGAGAUGGGCCACAUUCGCAGGCUGCAGGCCCGGCACAUGCAGAUGCAGGAGAAGACUUUCACCAACUGGAUCAACAACGUCUUCCAGCAUGGCCAAGUGAACAUCAAGAUCCGGAACCUGUACACAGAGCUGGCCGACGGCACCCACCUCCUGCGGCUGCUGGAGCUCAUCUCGGGCGAGGCCCUGCCACCCCCAAGCCGGGGCCGCAUGCGUGUGCACUUUCUAGAGAAUAGCAGCCGGGCUCUGGCAUUCCUCAGGGCCAAGGUGCCAAUACCUUUCAUCGGGCCAGAGAACAUUGUGGACGGAGACCAGACGCUCAUUCUGGGCCUCAUCUGGGUCAUCAUUCUGCGUUUCCAGAUUUCCCACAUCUCCUUGGACAGGGAGGAGUUUGGGGUCAGUGCCGCUCUGCUGUCUGCCAAGGAAGCCCUGCUGGUCUGGUGCCAGCGGAAGACAGCCAGUUACACCAACGUGAACAUCACCGAUUUCUCCCGCAGCUGGAGUGACGGGCUAGGCUUUAAUGCCCUCAUCCAUGCCCACAGGCCAGACCUGUUGGACUACAACUCCCUGCGUCCUGACCGCCCGCUGCACAAUCUCGCCUUUGCUUUCCUGUUGGCCGAACAGGAGCUGAGCAUUGCUCAGCUGCUGGACCCUGAGGACGUGGCAGCCCCACAGCCCGAUGAGCGCUCCAUCAUGACCUACAUCUCCCUCUACUACCACUUCUUCUCCCGCCUGCACCGGGGCCAGACUGUCCAAAGGAGACUCACUAAGAUCCUGCUCCAGCUCCAGGAGACAGAAGCGCUGCAGACCCAGUAUGAGCAGCUGGCAGCUGACCUGCUAUGCUGGAUUGCAGACAAGCAAGAGCAACUGGAGGCGCGGGAUUUCCCAGACUCGCUGCCUGCCAUGCGCCAGCUACUGUCAGCCUUUGCCUCCUUCCGCACCCAGGAGAAGCCGCCUCGGCUGCAGCAGCGAGGGGCCACAGAGGCCCUGCUCUUCCGGCUGCAGACAGUGCUCCAAGCCCAGAACCGCAGGCCCUUCCUGCCUCAUGAGGACCUGGGCCCAGCGCAGCUGUCCCAGCGCUGGGCAGAGCUGGAGCGGGCAGAGGCCACACGGAGCCAGGCCCUGCAGCAGAGGCUACUGCAGCUGGAGCGGCUGGAAACCCUGGCCCGGCGCUUCCAGCACAAGGCAGCCCUCCGGGACAGCUUCCUAAAAGACACAGAGCGGGUGCUGGACCAGGGCAGAGCCCCACCAGCCAGCAUGGCCACAGUGGAGGCGGCCAUCCAGAGACUGGGCAUGCUGGAGGCUGCCAUCCUGCCCCAGGAAGGGCGCUUCCAGGCCCUGGCUGAGAUCACGGACAUCCUCCGGCAAGAGCAGUACCACAGCUGGGCAGAUGUGGCCCACAGGCAGAAGGAGAUCAACCUGCGCUGGCAUAGGCUACUCCAGCAUCUACAGGAGCAGAGAAAGCAGGUGGCAGGCAUGCAGGUUGUGCUGAGCCUGCUGCAGGAGGUGGAGGCUGCCUCUGACCAGCUCAAGGAGCUGCAGGUGCCAGCCAGCUCUACCACCUGUGGGCACCAGCUGGCAGAGGUAGUAGAGCAGCUGCAGAGGCACGACCUGCUGGAAGCCCAAGUCUCAGCCAACGGAGCCCAUGUGAGCCAUCUUACCCACCAGACGGCAGAGCUGGACUCCUCCCUGGGCACCAUUGUGGAGGUGCUGCGGGACAAGGCCAGGGCACUGGCCCAUCUCCACCAGAGCCUGGUGGCUCUUGGCAGGGCCCGGCGGGCCCUGCUGGAGCAGACCCUGCAGCGGGCAGAGUUUCUGCACAGCUGUGAGGAGGAGGAGGCCUGGUUGACGGAGCGCGGACAGCUGAUGGAGAAAGCCGCCCUGGGCCGGGAUCUCAAGCAGAUCGCAGGCGCCCUACAGAAACACAAGGCCCUGGAAGCCGAGCUCCACCGCCACCAGGUCGUGUGCGCGAAUCUCGUGCGGAGGGGUCGCGACCUCCGCGUCUGCGGGCCCCCAGCGCAGCCGGAUCCCGGCGAACGCGCGGAGGCGGUGCAGGGCGCGUGGCAGCUCCUCCGAACCGUGUCUGCAGGCUUGGGCACGCGGCUGCAGACAGCUCUGCUCGUCCGGCAGNNNUUCGCGGACGCCGAGGAGGCCAGCUCGUGGCUGCGAGAGCGGCGGCCCUCGCUGGAGAGCGUGGCCUGCGGGGAGGACCAGGCGGCCGCCGAGGCCCUGCUGCGGCGCCACGUGCGGCUGGAGCGCGCCCUGCGCGCCUUCGCGACCGAGCUGCGGCGACUGGACGAGCAGGCGCGGGCGGCCGCGGCCCGGGCGUCUCUCACGGCAAUGUCUGUCCUGAGCCCUCCAGGAGAAAGUCUGAGGAACCCAGGGGCCUGGAGUGAGUCUUCCUGCCACUGUGGCCUGGGGGGCAUCUGGAAGAUGGCCCUCCCAGUUGAACCUGAUCCUGAUUUUGAUGCCAACACCAUACUUCAGACACAAGAUCGCUUGAGCCAGGACUAUAAGGGCCUGCGGGCCCUGGCGGAGCGCCGCAGGGCCCGGUUGGAGGAGAUGGUGGCCCUGUUUGGCUUCUACAGCUCCUGUGAGGAGCUCCAGUCAUGGCUGGAGGAGCAGACCAUGCUACUGCGAAGGCUGCAUCCCCUGGCCAGCAACCUGGAGGUCAUGCAGCUCAAAUAUGAGAACGUCCUCACUGCACUGGUUGUGGGAAAGGGCCACUGGACUGAGGUCAGUAGUUCUGCUGAGAAGCUGAAGCAGAGGUGUCCUGGGGAUGCCACAAAAAUCCAACAACAGCAGGAGGAACUGAGCCAGAGGUGGGGGCAGCUGGAGGCCCUGAAGAAGGAAAAGGCCGUGCAGCUGGCACGCAGCAUGGAUAUGUGCAGUUUUCUGCAGGAGUGUGGACCCACACAGGCCCAGUUGCAAGAUAUGAUACUCAAGCUGGAGGCCCUGGAGCAGGGGAGCUCAAAGGAUACCCACUGCACCCUGCAACAGGCCCAGAAGAAGAUCCUGGUGCUGGAGAGGAAGAUCCAAGCCCUCCAAAGGGUGGCCAUAAAGGUUGAGGAGUCCGGCCCCACAGAGAGCCAGCCCCUGCAAGGACAGGUGGAGACGCUGCAGGAGCUACUGAAGCAAGCACAGAGACGAGUGGCCCAACAGGCCCAGGUCCAGGCUGAGGUUCAGGCCCAGGAGAGCUUCCUGCAGGAGAGCCGGCGACUGCUGCUGUGGGCAAAGAGCGUCCAGACUCAGCUGCGCAGCCAGGAGGAGCCGGUGGACGUGGCCUCAGCCCACCGGCUGCUGCAGGAGCACCGAGACCUGUUGGAGGAGAUUCACCUGCGGCAGGAGAGGCUGCAGCAGCUGGAGGCUCAGGGCCAGCCCAUGGCAGCCUUGGACUCCCCAGACUCCCAAGAAUUGGCUCAUGUGCUGAGGCUCCUGGACAAGCAAGGCCGGGAACUGGAGGCUGCAUGGGAGCAGAGGCAGCAGCGGCUGCAGGAGGGGCUGGAACUGCAGAGGUUUGGCCGAGAAGUGGAUGGUUUCACUGCCACCUGUGCCAACCACGAGGCCUUCCUCCACCUGGACAACCUCGGGGAGGACGUGAGGGAGGCCCAGAGCCUGCUACAGCAGCACCAAGAGUUUGGGCGACUCCUGGGCAUCCUGGGCCUUCGGGCAAAGGCUCUGCAGGCACAUGGAGAGAAGCUGGUUGAAAGCCAACACCCUGCAGCCCUCACGAUCAGAAAGCAGCUGCAGACAGUGCAGAUGCAGUGGACCAGGGUCCAGGAGAUAAGUGAGCAGAGGAGGAGGCAGCUGCUGGCUUCCCUCCAGCUCCAGGAAUGGAAGUGGGACGUGUCGGUGCUGAUGCUAUGGAUGGAAGAGAAGGGGCUGAUGGUGGCCGAUGAGUCCUCCCGAGUGCCCAGCAACAUCCUGCGGACACUCAAGUGGCACAAAGCAGCUGAGAGUGAGCUGCUGGCCACCCGUGGGCACAUGGAGAGCCUGCAGCAGGUUGGGAGAGAGCUGUUGAGCGGCAGCCCCCACGGCCUUGAGGAUAUCCGGGCCAGGCUUCAGGGUCUGAGCAGCAAGUGGGAAGAGUUGAACCACAAGAUGGCAGAACAUGGGAACAAGCUCCGGCAGGCUACCCAGCAAGAGCAGCUCCUGAGGCAGCUGCAGGAUGUGAAGGAGAAGAUGGACUGGCUCGAGGGGGCCGUGCAGAGUGCAGAGACAGGGCAGGACCUGCACUCGAGCCAGAGGCUGCAGGAACAGCACCGCCGACUGGAGAGCAAGAGCCAGGCUCUGGCUGGCCAGGUGGCCGCCCUGGUCUCGCAGGCCCACUGUGUGGCCACGUCCCAGGCCAUCCUGGAGGAGACCCAGAAGUACUUCCGGAGGUUCGAGUCCCUGCAGGGACAUGUGGCUGCCCGGCGCCUGCAACUACAGGCCUCAGUUGAGCUGUACCAGUUCUGCCACCUAUGCAACUUGGAGCUCAUGUGGGUGGUGGAGCACAUGCCCCAUGGCAGCCCCACUGGCUAUGCCAAGUACUUGCAUGGUGCCCAGAGCUUUUGCCACAAGCACAAGGAGCUCCAGGCCGAGGUGAAAGCUCACCAGAGGCAGGUGCAAUGGGUGCUGGGCUCCGGACGGAAACUGGCAGCCUCAGGGCACCCCCAAGCCCCACACAUCAUGGAGCAGUGCCAGGAGCUAGAAGACCACUGGGCAGAGCUGGAAGGGGCAUGUGAGGCACGGGCCCAGUGCCUGAAUCAGGCCGUCACUUUACAGCAGUACUUUCUGGAUGUGUCAGAGCUGGAGGACUGGGUGAAGGAGAAGCAAUUGCUGGUGAGCAGUCAGGACUAUGGCAGAGAUGAGGCAGCCACCCUCAAGCUCAUUAAGAAGCACCAGACCCUGCAGUGGGAACUGGCUCUUCACUGGCACUCCGCAGAGGAGCUUGGCCACAGGGCCCAAGCCCUCACUGGCCCUGAAGCCCCAGAACAGCUGGAUGUGGUGCAGAAGAGGCUCUGGGGCCUGCUGCAGGCACUGCAGGAACUGGCAGCCACACGAGACCGGGAGCUGCAGGGGACCUUGAAGCUGCAUGAAUUCAUGGGGGAGGCUGAGGACCUGCAGGGCUGGCUGGCCGGCCAGAAGCAGGUGGUCACAGGAGGGGAGAGCCCUGGAGAGGACUACAAGCACGUUCUACAUCUCUGCACCACGUUUGUGAAGUUUCAGCACCAAGUGGAGAUGGGCAGCCAGCGGGUAGCGGCCUGCCAACAGUUGGUGGAAAACCUGCUAGAGUGUGGGCACAGUGCUGCCCCCAAGGCCUAUGAGAGGCAGCAGGAUCUGCAGGCCACCUGGUUGGAACUGUGGGAGCUGACCCAGGCCCGAGGCCGCCUACUUCGAGAUGCCGAGACCACCUUCAGAGUUCACAGAGAUCUGUCAGAAGUGCUCAUCCAGGUCCAGGAGAAAGCCACAAGCCUCCCCAGCGAUGUGGCCCAGGACCUGCGUGGGGUAGAGGUCCAGCUGAGGAGACACAAGGGGCUGGAGCAUGAACUCACGGGCACUGAGCAGCAGCUGCAGAAACUGCUGGAGAAUGCAGACAGGGUGCAGAAACUGUGUCCAGGACCUCAAGCCCAAGCCGUGCAGCAGAGGCAGCAAGCUGUGACACAGGCCUGGGCGGCCCUGCGGCAGUACGUGGAACAGCGCAGGGCCCAGCUGGAGCGUGCAUGCCUCCUGGCCCGCUUCCGUAUGGCGGUGCAGGACUAUGCCUCCUGGGCAGCCAGUGUGCAGCAGGAACUGCAGACAGAGGAGAGCUCCCGGGAGCCCGGCAGCGGCCCCCUAGAGCUCAGUGCCCACCAGCGGCUCCGGGCAGAGUUGGAGGCCUGGGAGGAGCUGCAGCAGCAGGCCACCCAACUGGGCCAGCAGGCACUUCUGGCUGCAGGGACACCUGCCAAGGAGAUCCAGGAAGGGCUGCAAGUCCUGAAGGACCAGCGGGGUCAGGUGUUCCAGGCCUGGGCACAGAAGCAAGAGAGGCUGCAGGCCGCAUGGCAGGAGCAACUCUUCCUCAGAGAGUGCAGCCACCUGGAUAAGAUCCUGGAGGCCCAGGAGGUCUCCCUGAAAACCAAUGCCCUUGGGAGCUCGGUGGAAGAGGUGGAGCAGUUGAUCCGCAAGCAUGAGGUCUUCCAGAAGGUGCUGACUGCCCAGAAUGAGAAGGAAGCAGCUCUGCGUCAGCAGUUGAAGAUGCUCCAGGGCCCCAGGGUGCAAGCCCGGCUCCACACCGUGCUGCAGCGCCGGGCUCAAGUGAAAGAACUGGCAGGAAGCCGAGGACACGCUCUGCACACCUCCCUGCUGAUAGCUGGCUUCUCCAGAGCUGUGGCCCAGGCCGAGGACUGGAUCCAGGAGCGGACCCAGCAGCUGAAAAAGCCGAGCCCUCCAGGGAACCUGAGAGAUAAGUGGAAGCACCUGCUGAAACACCAGGCCUUUGAGGCUGAGGUCCAGGCCCAUGAGGAGAUCGUGACCUCUGUUGUCAAGCAAGGCAAAGCUGUCCUGGCACAGAGGCCUACUCGGGCAGCAGAGGUCUCCCAGAGGCUGCAGGUGCUGCAGAAGCACUGGGAGGAGCUGAAGCAGGCAGUGGUCCUUCGGGGCCAGGAGCUAGAGGACAAGCGAAAUUUCCUGGAGUUCCUGCAGAGAGUGGACCUUGCAGAGGCCUGGAUCCAGGAGAAGGAGGUGAUGGUGAAUGUCGGAGACCUGGGCCGGGACCUUGAGCACUGCCUGCAGCUCUGCAGGCGGCUCCACGAGCUCCAAGGAGCCUUGGCCAGGGACACAGUGGGUGACGCCCACAUCAGGAGCAUCAGUGACUUCUCACUGCAGCUCAAGACCCGGGACCCCGAGGAAGUUAAGACCAUCUGCCAGCGACGAAGCCAGCUCAACAACAGGUGGGCGAGUUUCCAUGGCAACCUGCUCCAGUACCAGCAGCAGCUGGAAGGAGCCCUGGAGAUACACACGUUGUCUCGAGAGCUAGAUAACAUCACUGAAAGGAUUGGAGAGAAGCGUUCCCUGAUAGAGGCCCUGGAUGGCAGGAAAGACCAGGAGAGUGUGCAGAGGCUGCUGUGGAAACACGAGAAGCUGGAGCAGGAAAUGAGCCUCAUCCAGGGCCAGGUGGAGUCCCUAGAGCGUGAGGUGGGCUGCCUCUGCCAGAGAAACUCUGAGGCAGCUCACAGCCUCAGUCACAAGCAGCGAGAGAUGAUGGACGGCUGGAAGUGUCUCCAGAGCAGGGCCCAGAAGCGGAGGGAGUCGCUGGAUGCCUUGUGCCAAGCUCAGAAACUCCAGGCGACGCUGCAGGAAUUACUAAACGCAGCUCAGAGGCUACGGGCUGAGAUGGACACACGAAGCGCUCCCUGCAGUCCUGCGGAAGCCCAGCGCAUGCUAGGAGAGCACCAGGAACGCAAGGCUAAGCUGGACUCCUGGACAGACAGCAUCAGCCUAGCCCGAAGCCCUGGGCAGCGACUGCUCACAGUUGGGCACCUGUCCACCCCUGACAUCUGCCAUGCCCUGGCUGGUUUGGAACAGGAGCAAAGCAGCCUGGAAGGGACCUGGCAAGAGCAUCAGCUGCAGCUGCAGCAGGCCCUGGAACUACAGCUGUUUCUGAGCUCAGUGGAGAAGAUGGAAUGUUGGCUUUGCAGCAAGGAAGACUUCUCAGCCAGUGAGGGCCCGGGGGACCCCUUGGCCAACGUGGAGACCCUCCUGUGGAAGCACAAGAUGUUGGAGCAGGACCUGGAGGCACAGACGGAAAAGAUCAGCAUGCUGGAUGCCACAGCCCACAGCCUGCAUCAGCGUGGACACCCCGAGGCUCAGGGUGCCCUGAGCAGGUGCCAGGCCAUGCUUCAGAGGAAAGAGGCACUCCUGGCGCAAGCAAGGACCCGCUGUCACCACCUGGAGGAGCUCCAGCAGCUACAGACUUUCCUGCAGGAUUCCUCUGAGAUGGCCAUGUGGCUGAGGGAGAAGAACCUGGUGGCCCUGGAGGAUGGUUGUCGGGACCCUGCCAUGCUUCAGGCACAGUUGCGGAAGCAGCAGAAUUUCCAGGCUGAGUUGGACGCGAGUGUGCACCAGCAACAGGAGCUGCAGAUGGAGGGGCAGAGGCUGCUUAAGGGGGGCCACCCGGCCUCUGAGACCAUCCAGGAGCGGCUGCAGGAGCUGGGAGAGCUCUGGGCUGAGCUGCAAGCCAACUGCCAGAGGAAGGCGGCCAUGCUCCAGGGGGCCUGCAAGGCCUUGAGUCUGCAGCGGAGCAUGGAGGAACUGGAGAGCUGGCUGGAGCCCGUGGAAGUCGAGCUGAGAGCCCCCACAGGGGGCCAGACCCUGCCUGGAGUAGAUGAGCUCCUGGAUGUACAGGGAGAGCUAGAGGCAGCGGUGAACAGGCAGGCCAGACAGGCAGAGGCCCAGCUGGGCCAGGCCCAGGCCUUCGUACAGGAAAGCCACUGUCUCGCCCAAGACAUGGAAGAGCAGGCCCGUCAGUUGCUUCACAGGUUCGAGAGCCUGUGGGAGCCCCUGCAGGAGCGUCGGACAGUCCUGGAGGCCCAGAGCCUCCUCUUGCAGUUCUUCAGGGACGCUGAUGAGGAAAUGGCCUGGGUGCAGGAGAAGCUGCCCCUGGUCACGGGCCAGGACUAUGGCCAGAGCCUGAGUGCAGUGCGGCACUUGCAGGAGAAGCACCAGAUCUUGGAGAGUGAGAUGAGCAGCCAUGAGGCUCUGACCCGGGUGGUGGUGGGCACCGGACACAAGCUGGUGCAGGCUGGGCACUUCGCCGCCCACGAGGUGGCCGCCCGGGUGCAGCAGCUGGAGAAGGCCGUGGUCCACCUGCAGGCGGAGGCAGAGCGGCGGGGUCAGCGGCUGCAGCAGGCUCAGGAGGCCCAGCAGUUUCUGAUGGAGCUUCUGGAAGCCGGAUCCUGGCUGGCUGAACGGGGCUGUGUCCUGGACAGUGAGGACGUGGGCCACAGUGCCGAGGCCACACAGGUCCUUCUGCGGCGGCUAGAGGCCACCAAGAGAGACCUGGAGGGGUUCAGCCUGCGCAUCGAACAGCUACAGCAGACAGCAGCACUUCUAGAAAGCAGGAAGAACCCAGAAAGCCCCAAGGUGCUAACCCAGAUGCAGGCGGUGCAGGAGGCCCACGUGGAGCUGCUGCGGAGGGCCCAGGGCAGGGGUCGAGGUCUGCAGGAGCAGCUGCAGCUCCACCAGCUGGAGCGGGAGGCCCUGCUUCUUGACACCUGGCUAACCACCCGGGUGGCCACCGCCGAGUCCCAGGACUACGGGCAGGACCUGGAGGGCGUCAAGGUGCUGGAAGAGAAGUUUGAUGCCUUCAGAAAGGAACUCCAGAGCCUGGGGCAGGCCAAGGUGCAAGCCCUAAGGGAACUGGCAGGUACCCUGGAACGGAGAGCACCCAGGUACUAUCCCCGUAUUCAAGCCCAGAGGAGCCACAUUGAAGCCACUUGGGAGAGGCUGGACAAGGCAGUAAAAACCCGCACAGAGAACCUGGCUGCAGCCUGCGAGAUCCUCGGCCUCGAGCAGGCAGCAGUCGAGCUCCAGGGCUGGAUGCAAGAGAAGAUGACCCUGUUGGAGGGAGAUGACCGAGCCCAUAGCCUGUCGUCUGUGCAGACCCUGCAGCAACAGCACCGACGCAUGGAGAGGGAACUGGCAGUUAUGGAGGAGGUGGUGGCACGGGUGCAGUCGGAGGCCUGCCGACUGGGCCAGUUACAUCCUGCAGCUCAGAAGGGCCUGGCCGUGUCACUGGCUGGGGUGCAGGAGGCCUGGGCCACUCUGGAGGCGAAGGCCCAGGAGCGGGGCCGGUGGCUGGCACAGGCUGCCCAGGGCCAUGCAUUCCUCAGGCGCUGCCGGGAACUGCUAACAUGGGCUCGGGAGAGGCAGGCGCUGGCAUCCUCCGAGGAGCUGGCUGGGGAUGCAGCAGGGGCCAAGCAGCUCCUGGGGCAGCACGAGGAGCUGGGGCAAGAGAUCAAGGAGCACUGCCUGCAAGCCCAAGACGUACAGCGGGAAGGGCAGCAGCUGGUGGACGACAGCCACUUCAUGUCCCUGGAGGUGACAGAGUGUCUGCGGGAGCUGGAAGGGCGGCUGCAGGAGCUUGAGGAGGCCUGGGCCCAGCGCCGGCAACGCUGCGUGGAGAGCUGGGGCCUGCAGAAGCUGCGGCAGGGGCUGGAGCAGGCCGAGGCCUGGCUGGCCUCCCGGGAAGGCCUCCUGCUGGAGCCCGACUGCGGGCACUCGGUGUCGGACGUGGAGUUGCUGCUCCGCAGACACCAGGACUUAGAAGAGCUGCUGGCAGCCCAGGAAGAGAAGUUGGCCCGCCUGCUGGGGAAGGCAGAGGUGGCACAGCAGCUGCUGCCACAGGGGCAGGGGCUGAAACCCGGGAGACUUGGCAGCCCACAGACAUCCUUUCAGCAGAUACCUGCUGAACACUGGGGGCCAAGAGCACAGCUGGCUGAGACCCGCGGCAGCCAGAGCGCAGAGAAUGCCCCCACCAAGGAGGGGCCUUUGGGGCUUCAGCAGCCCCUGCCUGGGAGAAGGCAGCGCAGCUUGGGCACCUGGGACAGCUGCUAUGACUUGGGGGGCAGCUCCCUGAACCCGUUCUCAGAUGAAAGGAUGGCAGCAGAGAAAGUGGCUUCCAUGGCCCUGCGUGACUUCACAGGAGCCCAGGGUGAGAGGCUGAGGGACCAGCAUGGCAGGAAACACACUUUCUCCUUAAGGCUGAGCAGUGGGGCGGAGAUCCUGUUUGCAGCACCAUCCGAAGAGCAGGCUGAGAGCUGGCAGCAAGCCCUGGGCGGCGCAGCAGAUCUGGCACCAUUAGACGCUCACCCCUCACGCAUCUCUUUCCCACUUCCAAGUCUGGGCCCUGAGGUGAACCCCAAGGCAACACCAAACUUCAGGGCUACAAGCGAGGACACCUCAAGGGCACCAGAAUGA